AUGAACUCGCUGCUCUUCGGGGAGAUGGCCCGCGCCUUCUCCCCCACCGCCGCCGCCGCCGCCGCCUCCUCCUGCCCGCUGGGCCCCGGCGGCGGCGGCCCCGCGGCGGCCGGGGGGGGCCCGCCGGUGACGGCGGCACUGCGGAACGACCUGGGCUCCAACAUCCACCUGCUCAAGGGGCUGAACGUGCGGUUCCGCUGCUUCCUGGCCAAGGUGCACGAGCUGGAGCGGCGGAACCGGCUGCUGGAGAAGCAGCUGGCGGCCCAGCAGAGCGAGCGCGACCGCCGGCUGCGCUACAAGACCUUCUCCCGGGACCAGGCGGUGCAGACGGACGGCGGGACCCCGCCGCUGGUGCCGCCGCCGGGCCCCGGGCACGGGCCGCUGCCGUCGCCGCCGCACUACGGGCGCCUGCCCGGCACCAUCUGGAGCUACACCCAGGUGCGGCGCACCGGCGGCGGCGGCCUGGAGACCGUGCAGGGCCCCGGCGUGUCCUGGGUGCACCCGGACGGCGUCGGGGUGCAGAUCGACACCAUCACGCCCGAGAUCCGCGCCCUCUACAACGUGCUGGCCAAAGUCAAGCGGGAGCGUGACGAGUACAAGAGGAAGUGA